AGCAGAGAGGAGCCUGUGGCCGGGAGGCUGCUGCACGGCGCAGAUUCACCCAGCUCAUCCAUCAAUCUCUGCACGGUCGGUUCCGCUCCUCCGCUCCCCUGUAUGUCCUCUCUGGACCUGGUGGGGCACCGGGAAGACAAGCCCUCUACAAGCCUGAAUGUGUGCGCUGCAGCCAGACAUCCGAGAGGGGGAUCUAGCGCGCAGGAGAGGAUUAGGUGGAUGCUGCGUGUUCUGCUGCGGCGCUCGGUCACCGCACAUUUUGCACUUCUCCCGGUAAUAUUUAUUAUCUGCAGCAGAAGGCAUCAGUGGAUCUCUGCUUGUCCUCAGACCCGGCUCGGUGUGGAGUUUACAGGGACGAUGCUAACAAAGACAUUUCCCCUUCUUGCCUGUUAAUAUUUAAAUUCCUUUUUGGAUUGUUUUUCUGAUUUUCUGCUGUCAUCCUGAUAUGAAAACGCUGCCCCCGAGGCUUGAAAAGAAAUUGAAUUCUCACUGCUAAGAAGGAAACAAAAAAAAUAAAUCAAGAUUAAUAAGACGGAGGCUUUCUCUAGAUCCCUGCUCUGGCGAGAUCUGGAGUGCCCUGAAUCUUCUGUACAGAUCGUCUGUCCUGGAACAUACAAGAUACUUAUUAUCCUAAUGAUUAGUAUUCUUCCUAUUAUUUCUGGUUGAUUUGACACUUGGAUUAAUGGUACCAACUUUAAGUCCAAGCACUACAUGACACUUAAGACAAUUGAUUGUCCUUAAAGACACAUUUUCAUUUCAACUCUGAUUCCCAUCCCAAGGCUUUAGCCACUGGGUUUUGCCGGAAGAUUAAAGGAAUAUUUCUGAAGACCUUAUGGCUUGGAUUGAGUUUUAGAGUCCUACAAAGACUUUCUUUUUCCAGGAUCAAAGGCAGUAAAAAGGGGAAAAAAAGGAAAUUUAUGUGUGACCAUCUGCCUAGGUGACCAUAAGCCCCUGUAACCAUGUUGGCCUGCCUUCAAAGAACCCAGAAUCCUCCAGUAAAGCACCUUGUAUGUUCAAACAAGGGUCUGGAGCCUCGAAAGUGUGAAACUGCUAAUCCAGUACAGACCGCAAGAUACCCAAGCCCUGCCGAACUAGAUGCCUACGCACAAAAAGUAGCUAACAACCCACUGACUAUCAAGAUUUUUCCCACCAACAUCAGGGUUCCCCAGCACAAGCACCUAAAUAGGACUGUAAAUGGCUAUGACACUACAGGCCAACGUUAUAGCCCUUACCCAAUACACACAAGUGGCUACCAAGGUCUUCUUGCUAUUGUGAAAUCUUCUAGUAAGAGUGUAGUAAAGAAUGUAGAGGGAAAACGGACUAAAAUUUCUUCUGCACAGGUUGGUGUUGCUCCCUACCCCAUGUCAAGCACUUUAACACAAGGCCAACCUUGCAAUGGACAAUUGAGUUAUAUUACAAAUCAGAAACAGAUGGAUGCACCAGUGCCACCCAAUGUGACAGUGGCAACUUCAGUCAUUCCUUUAACAGGUAGAAAUUUAGCACUCCAGCAGUCCAACCUACCCUCUAUUCAAAGCAUCAUUUACCAGAUCAACCAACAGUGCCAGGCUCAGGCUUCUUACCAAGCUUGUCAAGGGUUGGUAGUUACUAACUCCAGCCCAGCUAAGCAGGGAAUGACCAGUGGUUUUACAGCUAUGACCGGUGGCACUGUGGCUUAUACAGGCACUGUCCUACAAGACUGUAGGUCUGGCACAGAGUUGGCACUGGGAUCUGCUCCAGUAGUAGCCAAAGCUGGAUCCUAUCAGGAUGGCAUGGACUAUCUUAUUUGGCAACAAAAACAGCAGCAGCAACUCCGGAUUUACAGCAGUGGCAGUGGAGGAGGAGGAGCAGUCAGCAAGUCACCUGAAGUCUGCCCAGGAGUGUCUCGCCCUUAUACUCUUGCUAGUGCCGUUGAGAAAGUCAGCUCCUCCCCACUGAACUGUGUUGGCAUGCAUGGCAAUUUCUCUGUUGGUCAAUACUUUGCCCCUCCUUGGAACAGUAUCUUGGUCACACCCAACAGUGACUGUUACAAUCCACAGGAACUUGCCAACGGUCACAAGGAUUUGGGGGUGCAUCCAUCAGAUGGACUAACCAGCAUCCCCAGCAAGACCCUUUGCAAUACCUCUAUUCUUAGCAGUAGCCUUCAGUCUUUGGAGUAUCUCAUCAAUGACAUUCACCCACCCUGUAUUAAGGAGCAGAUGCUUGGCAAAGGUUAUGAAACAGUGUCUGUGCCAAGGCUUCUUGAUCAUCAGCAUGCCCACAUCCGCCUGCCCAUUUACAGAUAAAGUUUUAUUCCUCUUUUCUAUAUAAAGGUGGCCAACACUGGUUCAAUACACUAGAUAAUACUACUUAGCCAUAAGGAGGCAUGUUUUAUCAGUGCAGAGGGCAGAGGCAAGGCUAGCCAUCCCUCACUCCUUUGCAGUCAGAGUGCAUAGUAAUGAGAGUCCUGGCAGCAAAAUGGUUUAUAAUUUUCUGCUCUGGGUUUGCUGCCUUUGCUCUGCACUUUAUAUUAUAUUGCAAGUAAAUGGAAGAGAAUGGCUCAGUCCAAAAUGCAGGUUCUUUAUUCCAUGUCUUACACCGUAACAAUGAAAGAGAUAUUAGCUAUACCUGAAUUGAAUGCAACUCUAAUUCUGCAGCUUAUUUUAUCGCUGAUUUUAUGUAAUUUAUUGGCAUCUUGAUUUUUUUUGUUUUAAAAUCUUAAAAAUAUUCUGAAUGCUUUAUCGUGUCUCACCAUUUUGGCAGAAAAUGAAGGUUAAAGAUCAUCUGUCACCAUUUACAGGGCCAGGCAUCUUCAGUGCUCCUAUGCCUGGUCCUGAAGUCUUGCUCUUGAGUAUAUUUAGUGCAUGUGCAGUUCAGAUCCGAAUGAGAUUAACUGCGCAUGUGUCAAUUGUACUUUGCCCUGCGCAAUCUCAAGAUUUCAGGGCCAGGCAUCAGAGCAGUGAAGAUACCUGGCCCUGCUACUCAUUGGAGGAGAUGGAGUGGCAAUGGGAAAGGGAAGGCGAUGAAUUGGUGCUCCGAGAGGCUAGGCUAGCCCCUCUGUGCUCCAAGCAUCUUAAAGGCAAAAUAAUAAAAGUGUGAAUUUUUCUGCAAAGGGACAUCUGCUUGCAUCAAGAGAAGGGUCAUUGAACCCUACCAAGCAAUAUGUCUAGUUUAAUAGGGUUGAUCAUGGUGACAGAUGAUCUUGAACUAUAGAAUAGGUACUUUUAUUAUGUUAUCUGGGAUCAUUGUGUCUUGGGUUCUUUCUGUAACCCCUCCACUGCCAACUAUCCUGACUUCAUUGUGACAAGGCCUCACUUUUUAAAAGGCAAGGUCUCCAGUCUAAACUCAUUGGAUGUACAGUACAUCCAUUAUUCAUCCUACAUGUAACAUCCAUCAUUUGUUAAUUGGUCAUUUUAUUAUCUUCAUAUAUUUGGGAGACGCCAGGAUGAAUUUACUUGAAGAUAAUGAAUGAGAGCCUUAUAAAACAAUACUAGUUCUGCUAGUAGAAUGUAAUGACCUUGUUUAAAAUUUGUCUGGAUCAUAUAUAAUUUUGUAUGAGGAGUAUAUAACAUGACACACUGUUAUAUAGAGAAAAACCAUGGUUAGUUGAUUGGUUUCUAGCAGAAAACUCAUUAGGUAGAUGACCAAUAACUUAAUCAAGUGCUAUUUCACAGCAUAUAGAGUGAGCAGCACAAUGGCUCUCCAUGGAGAUUCUGGGAAAAAAUACCAUAAAAAACAAGCUCACAUGGAAUACUCUAAUUUCCACUUAUUUAAAAUACCUAUAACAAACCAACCGCAAUAUCCAAUAUGCUAGUCACUACUCCGUGUAUGAAGUAGAUAUUGAUGACUUCUAGUUAGUUGAAGCUCUUGUUAUAAUACGUUUUCCAACACAAUAAAAGAAUGGAUCAAGUUCACCACUCAGGCGACAGAAAGGGGUUCUUUGAGAGCUUCACUAUGGCUCAUGCAGGUGCAGAAUGAGCAGAUGUCUUACAACCAUCUCCAGUUGGUAAGAUGUAAUUCUGGAGAAGUUGGGAGAAAUGGCGGAAAAUCGGCUAACCAAUUAAGACGUUGGAGAGGAGGGAUUGGGUUUCAACAUACCCCAACCUUUUGUUCUCGGGUAGAUAAUCCACCUGCCAGAGGUGUCUGACAACAGCAUUGUCCUUGCAUGGGUGUGGUAGAAUUGAGAGCGAUAACUGUUGGCCAAAUCAGUGUUCAGCCGACCGUUAUCUCGUGUGCAUAGAGAUGUAAAGAGGAGCUGUCCCCUCGCUUGACAUGUUUAUUUUAGUAAGUACUUGCGUUUCCCUUGUAAUAACCGUUCUGGUGCAUUUAUUCAUAUAACUUUAAACCUACAAGAAGUUUAUGAAUGAAUUGCCAGCAGUUUGUAAUAAAGGUCCAUGUGGGUGUUAACAGUGGGAGCAUGUCCCGGCACUAGGGUUGUUUCGAUACCAAAAUUUUGAUUCGGUUUCGAUACCAUAAAAAAGUAUUGCGAUACUCGAUACCAUUCGAUACACGCGAAAAAAAUAAAACACCCAA